CCUGUCUACUGUAGGCUAGAGUCACAGUUUAAAGUUCGAGACACCAAAAAGACAGCAACGUUUUUGUAUAUGCUCACCUCUACUCUAUCAAAAACCAGAGGAAAGCAGAGGAGACCCAAUCCCCGUACACUUGCGGAAGCUUACAACAAUGGUUGCCGGUAAGGUCAGGUUGGCAAUGGGUCUCCAAAAGUCCCCACCUAAUCCUAAAGCAGCGUCGCCACCUGCCAGUUCCAGGAAAGUCACGCCUCAGAAGCCUGUAUUCUCACGCUCUUUCGGUGUUUAUUUCCCACGUUCUUCCGCCCAGGUCCAGCCCUCUCCUCCAGACGUUGCUCAUCUUUUACGCCUCAUCGAAGAGCUCCGUAACCGAGAAGCUAGACUGAAAACAGAGCUUCUUGAAUUCAAGCUAUUGAAAGAGAGCGUGGCUGUAGUUCCUGUGUUGGAGAAUGAUAUUUCAGCAAAAAAUGCAGAGCUUGAAAAGGCAAUUAUGAAGAUUCAGUGUUUGGAGAGUGAAAAUGAAUUGCUCAGGACAGAGUUGAGUGAAGCCAAAGUGAAGUUUGAAGAAGAGAUAAGAGAAAGCGAUGAGAAGGUUAAGGCCUUGGAGGCUGACAUUGUGAAGUUGAAGAAGACGUUGUCAGAUAAAGAGAGUGAAGAGCUUUCUUCUUCGCAGAGGUUUCAAGGAUUAAUGGAAUUCUCAACGAAGUCCAAUCUGAUCAGGAAUUUGAAAAAGGGAGUGAAAUGUACGGACACUGUAAGUGCAAAUCAUGAGACUCAAAAUCACAAGUCUGAACCUGUAGAUGUCAAGAGAGACGAAGUGGAAAUUGAGAGACCGAGCCAGUCUAGAUGCAACUCGGAGGAACUCGUCGACUCAACUCACUCCAACCUGAGAUCUCGCGCUCCCAAGGUUCCUAAACCGCCACCAAAACGAUCGUCAUCAUCGAACUCCAUAUCCUUAUCAACGUCAUCUAGCAUCUCUGAUCAAUCCAUUUCAGCAGCAGCAGCAGCACCGCCUCCUCCAGCGUCGGUCAAACCAGCUGCCCCGCUGCCGCCACCUCCGCCUCCACCUAAGGGAAUGAGAAUGGGGCCUGCUAAUAAGGUCAAGAGAGUGCCAGAGGUAGUGGAGUUUUAUCACUCUUUAAUGCGAAGAGAUUCCCGGAGGGAAUCCACUUCCGGAAAUCCAGAUGUCUUACCGGCAACCGCCAAUGCUCGCGACAUGAUAGGCGAAAUCGAGAACAGAUCGACGCAUUUGCUGGCGAUAAAAACAGAUGUAGAAACACAGGGAGAUUUUAUAAGGUUUUUGAUAAAGGAAGUUGAGAAUGCUGCAUUUACAGACAUUGAAGAUGUUGUGCCAUUUGUUAAAUGGCUCGACGAUGAGCUAUCUUAUCUUGUGGAUGAAAGAGCUGUGCUUAAGCACUUCGAUUGGCCAGAGCAGAAGGCAGAUGCAUUACGUGAGGCUUCUUUUGGUUAUUGUGAUCUCAAGAAGUUGGAAUCGGAGGCUUCAUCUUUUCGUGAUGAUGCUCGUCAGCCAUGUGGUCCUGCACUCAAGAAGAUGCAGGCUUUGCUUGAAAAAUUAGAGCAUGGUGUUUACAAUUUAUCAAGAAUGAGAGAAUCUACCACAAACAGAUACAAGGGAUUUCACAUUCCCAUGGAUUGGAUGCUUGAAACUGGAAUUGUAAGCCAGAUAAAGUUGGCUUCUGUAAAGCUAGCAAUGAAGUAUAUGAAGAGAGUAUCUGCAGAACUUGAAACUAUUGUCAGUGGGCCUGAAGAAGAAGAGUUGAUAGUACAAGGUGUUAGAUUUGCCUUCCGGGUACAUCAGUUUGCUGGUGGAUUUGAUGUGGAGACAAUGAGGGCAUUCCAAGAGCUAAGAGAUAAAGCUAGAUCAUGUCAUGUACAAUGCCAAAGCCAGCAACAACAGAAAAUACACCUUGCGAUUAAUCUGUAGCAAACUCAGGUCAGAAUAGCUGCCAGGUUUUUGCUGUAAAUACAGAACAUCAUGUUUGUUAAUACCAUGGUUAUGGCCAUCUCAAAAUAAACAUUUAUUUAUCAAUCCAAUCCAUGCUUUCUUCUA